AGUCUUCUCUGCGUCAGAUCAGGUUUCCAAAUUCCUUCACAAGGUACAAGCUUGUUGCACCAUUUUCAUGGUCUCCCUUGUGUUACUUCAACUCACGAGAAUCCAUCGCCAAACUAUAGCACCCAAAAUAUUUCUCAAUGGCCUCAUCUCUCUCUAUACAGUCAGACCCUUUUGCUACAUGCCCGCCAUUGAUCACACUCCAACAGACUUAUCAUCCACAGUCAUCAGAAGAGUCUGCUUUUGGGUAUGUGAAUCAUACUAUGAUCAACAAAGACGACCCUCUCAUUUCAAUUCAAGACUUCCUGUGCUGAACUUGCCUAUAGAUUAUGAUUUCUUGACCCCAGACCAGGCCAUUACGGUUGUGGCUGCAUUGGCCGAUGAGGCAGGUUCAAUGGUGGCAUUGAGUUUCUUCUAUUGGGCAAUUCGGUUUCCCAAAUUUAGACAUUUUAUGAGGUUGUACAUUGUUUCGGCCACUUGCUUUAUUAAAAAUGGAAAUUUUGAGCGAACCCAUGAAGUUUUGAGUUGUAUGUUGAGGAAUUUUGCUGAGGUUGGGAUGUUGAAGGAGGCCGUCGACAUGGUUUUUGAGAUGCAGAGCCAAGGUUUGGUUUUGAGCGCCCACACUCUGAAUUGUAUGCUGAGUGUGGUGAAUGAGAUGGGUUGUGUUGAGAUGGCUGAGAGUGUGUUUGAUGAAAUGUGGGAGAGAGGGGUGAUUCCAGACCCCUAUAGUUUCAAGUCGAUGGUUGUAUUGUAUUGUAGACUUGGGAGAGUUUCAGAUGCUGAUAGAUGGUUGAGUGCAAUGCUGAGUAGAGGCUUUAUCGUGGACAAAGUUACUUGUAGCUUGAUAAUCAAAGUGUUCUGUGAAAAUGGCUGUGUGAAUAGAGUGUUAUGGAUCUUUAACAAGAUGGUUGAAAUGGGGUUGGAACCAAAUGUAAUUAAUUUUACUUGUUUAAUUAACGGGUUGAGCAACAGGGGAAGCAUUAAGCAAGCUUUUGAACUGUUAGAGGAGAUGGUUGGGAGUGGAUUGAAGCCAAAUGUAUAUACCCAUACAACAUUGAUUGAUGGUCUUUGUAAGAAAGGUUGGACAGAAAAAGCAUUUAGGCUUUUCUUGAAACUUGUUAGGAGUGAUAAUUACAAGCCCAAUGUACACACUUAUACAGCCAUGAUCUCUGGAUACUGCAAGGAGGAGAAGUUGAACCGAGCAGAGAUGUUACUAGUAAAAAUGCAGGAACAAGGAAUAGUUCCUAACUUGAAUACCUACACCACCCUUAUUGAUGGUCAUGCUAAGGUUGGGGAUUUUAACAGAGCGUAUGAAUUGAUGGACACGAUGACCAAAGAUGGUUUAACUCCUAAUAUUUGUACCUAUAAUGCUGUAAUUGAUGGUCUGUGUAAGAAGGGAAGGAUCAAGGAGGCUUAUAGGUUGCUGAAAAGAAGCUUCAGAGAUGGACUGUGUGCUGAUAAAGUUACAUAUACCAUUCUUAUAUCAGAGAGCUGCAAGCAGGAGGAUAUUAAACAAGCUAUGGCACUUGUUAAUAAGAUGAUAAAAAAUGGAAUUGGCCCCGAUAUGCAUACAUACACAACUUUGAUCUCAUCACUUUCAAGGCAAAGGAAAAUGACAGAAUGUGAAAGGAUUUUCUAUGAUGCCACUAAUAUGGGUCUUACACCAACUACACAGACUUAUACGUCUAUGAUUUCUGGGUACUGCCGGGAUAGUAACAUUGACAUGGCAAUAAAAGUUUUCUGUAAGAUGCGUGGUGAUGGCUGUGCUCCUGAUAGUUUUACUUAUGGAGCUGUAAUAAGUGGCCUUUGCAGGGUAUCCAUGUUGGAUGAGGCUAGAGCGCUUUUUGAAGAAAUGAUUGACAAAGGUAUUUCCCCAUGUGAAGUAACUCGGAUGACAAUAGCGUAUGAGUUUUGCAAGAAGGAUGAAUCUUGCACAGCGAUGGCCCUUUUAAACAGAUUAGACAAGAAGCUAUGGGUUCGUACCAUUAGUACACUGGUCAGAAAGCUUUGUAGCGAACAGAAAGUAGACUUGGCAGCCCAGUUUUUUGAUAAAUUGCUAGAUGUAAAUCAUACUGUGGAUCGUGUAACACUUGCGGCAUUUAUGACUGCUUGUUAUGACAGUAAUAACUAUGCACUUGUUUCUGAUAUGUCUGAGAGGAUAACAACACAAAAAGUUCUCUCAGGUGUCUCUGUCACAUAACGUGGAUGUGAGUCACAAGCAAAUGCAGAGAGCAAGGAGGUCUGGUGUCAUGCCAAAUGCUGGCAGCUUCCACAGGUUGCUAACUUAAAAAUGCCUGCUCCUUCCCUUUGAUGGUGGAAUUGGUUUCUUCGCAUUGAUUAUAAGUGUUCCACAGAGAUUAGAAUCCUUUAAGCUGCAAACAUAUAGCUUUGCAGCCAUACCAUGAGAUUCAAAGGAGAUAAAUGCCUUCAACAGCAGAAAUAUGCUAACCACUGGCUCCUGAUCUUGUUUUGUAGUGAGUGCAUUUAUGAUCAAGCACAUAUAGUUUGCGUUCUUUCAUGAUUAAAACACUAGAAGAGAUGAUAACAGACCUUCGUGGAAAUAAUUUAAGUCAUUUCAGACACUUAGAAAUGGUACUACUGUUCAACAAAUAUGAUGAUGUUGUAUCAUUCUGAAGCUGUCAUUAGAGUUACUCCACCAACAUCAUUGCUGACUGUAACAAUCUCAUACUGAGUUUCCAUCAUGUCUCUGGUAGGAUUGUGCCCCUAAAUGGACGAGUAGAUGCUAUGCAGAACCUCUAGCUGUGAAAUUGGCAUGUUAUCUUGUGUAAAUAAUCUGUGUGGCAAUAUGAUGAAAAAUGCCAAGUUUCAGAGAAGAUGAGGCUCAAAGAACAUUAAAUGCUUCUUCUACGGUAGUUGUAUUUUUGAGAUGAUCCAUCUCUUUCAUCCUUGAGUAUCCUUGAAUAUUAUAAGUCAUUUUGGUUCUCUACAAAUAUUGACUGCUACAUUUGAGGUAGUAAAUUAUCUUUGAUUUAUGGGAAUGGAUGAUGAAUAUACAUGGUAGUCACUAGUGAAGGUCACAAACAGUUUGGUAGACAGAUGCUGGAAACAAUGGCAUUCUGUUGAGGACUAAUAGAAGCUUUGUUCUUUGGAGAGGGGUUUGCUUGAAUUCUUAAUGCAGGGACUAGGGAGGCUUUUUCUCAUACACCACAUUGGCCCCGGCUUAUGUUGAGAAGAAGCAAAUGAAUAUACUCUAUAUUGUAGUCGAAGAGAGAGAGAGAGAGAGAGAGAGAGAGAGAUCAUCAAAUAAAAUGGACUCCGAGUUACCAUGUUAAACUUGGCAGUAGUGCUUUAUG